AUGGACACCAAGAAAGGUGGGUUCCAAGAAGCCCGGUACCUCGAAUUUGUACGGUCUUCCGAAACCACCGGCGUCGAUGGGAAGCCCCUGUUGAACCGCUACUCGACCCAUCUCACGCGCGAACAUGACUUCCCGGGAGCGCAAGCCAUGCUCUUUGGGGCCGGCGUGCCGGAUCGACAGACGAUGCAAACGGCGCCGCACGUCGGCAUCGCCAGCGUCUGGUGGGAGGGGAACCCGUGCAACAUGCACCUCUACGACCUCGGACGCGAAGUCAAAAGGGCAGUGACGGCGCGCGGCAUGCUCGGCUGGCAGUACAACACGAUCGGAGUCAGCGACGCAAUCACCAUGGGCAACCAGGGAAUGCGGUUCAGUCUGCAGACGCGCGAGAUCAUCGCCGACUCGGUCGAGACGGUGACGUGCGCGCAGGCCCACGACGCCAACAUCACCAUCCCGGGCUGCGACAAGAACAUGCCUGGUUGCAUCAUGGGCAUGGCACGCCACAACCGGCCGAGCCUGAUGAUCUACGGCGGCACCAUCGACAAGGGCUACUCCAAGACGCUCCGCAAGCCCGUCAACGUCGCGACCUGCUACGAGGCCUUUGGCGCCUACCAGUACAACACGCUCAAGCAGCCCAACGACGGCGGCGACACGUCCAAGACCAAAGACGAGAUCAUGGAAGACCUGGAGCAACACGCGUGCCCGGGCGCGGGGGCUUGCGGCGGCAUGUACACGGCCAACACGAUGGCGACGGCGAUUGAAACCAUGGGGCUGUCGCUGCCGGGAUCGAGCUCAACGCCGGCGACGUCGCCUGCGAAGAUGCGAGAGUGCGCCAAAGCGGCCGACGCCAUCAAGGUGUGCCUCGAGAAGGACAUCACGCCCAAGCAGCUACUGACCAAAAUAUCGUUCGAGAACGCCCUCGUCAUCACGAUGGCGCUGGGAGGCAGCACGAACGCAGUGCUGCACUUUCUUGCCAUGGCCGUGACUGCAGGGGUUGAACUGACGCUCGACGACUUCCAGAGAGUCAGCAACAAGAUUCCGUUCAUCGCCGACCUCGCGCCGUCGGGCAAGUACUUGAUGGCCGACCUGUACGAGAUCGGCGGCGUUCCCAGCGUGCAGAAGCUGCUCAUCGCGGCGGGGUUGCUGGACGGCUCGAUCCCGACGGUGACGGGGAAGACGCUCGCCGAGAACGUCGCGAGCUGGCCCAGUCUGCCCAGCGACCAGGUCAUGAUCCGCAGCCUCAACGACCCGAUCAAGAAGAGCGGCCACAUCCAGAUCCUGAAGGGCAACUUUGCGCCCUCGGGCGCCGUGGCCAAGAUCACGGGGAAGGAAGGGUUGAAGUUCACGGGCAAGGCGCGCUGUUUCGACAAGGAGGUGCAGCUCAACGAAGCCCUGAACCGCGGCGAGAUCCCCCGAGGCGAGAAUCUCGUCCUCAUCGUGCGCUACGAAGGCCCCAAGGGCGGCCCGGGCAUGCCGGAACAGCUCAAAGCCAGCGCGGCCAUCAUGGGCGCGGGGCUCACGAAUAUCGCGCUCGUGACGGACGGAAGAUACUCUGGGGCAUCGCAUGGGUUUAUCGUGGGACACGUGUGUCCUGAAGCUGCAGUCGGCGGGCCCAUCGCUUUGGUCAAGGACGGUGACGAGGUGACCAUCGAUGCAGAGACCAACACCAUCUCCAUGGACGUCGGCGCCGAUGAGCUGGAGAGGAGAAGGGCGGCGUGGACUCCGCCCAGGAUGGUGGUUACAAGAGGGACAUUGGCGAAGUAUGCUGCUUUGGUUAGUGAUGCCAGUCACGGAGCUGUGACUGAUUUGUUUUGA